ACUUGGACAAAGUAUUACGCCUUCUAAAUUAGAAGCGUGAAGACGCCGUUGUGGCUGGCGGGACAGCGAGAUGCCAAACGAAGGAAAGGCAUGAAUCCAUCGCAGAAGAAAGCUCUGGCUUUCCUUGAGAGUUGGCUUGAUUUCGAAGAAGAUCCUAUCUAGAUAAGUUGCUUCCUUUCCUAGGUGAAUGGGUAGAUGGCGUGCAACUGCUUCUCUUCUCCUCAAUCACAUAGCAACCACAAAAACCAUUAAUUCCUUUUUGCCUAUGCCUAAUUUCCUUUCAUGUGUACCAAACGCUCUCCACUUCUCAUACCCUUUUAGCCGCGGGGUUCAUACCUUCUGUUUCAGGUCAUUUUCCGCAAUCCCAUCUCGAGUUUCGGUUUAUAGCAAUGAUAUUGAAUAUGUGCCUCAUGAUUCGGUUCCCAAUUACGUUCUGGGACCUAAGGAAGACGAGGAGAUUGGAAAAAUUCCUGUUAAAGCAUACUUCCUCUGUACCAGUAUUGAUUUGAAGAGGAUGCAAGCCGAGAAUUUGUGCAAUGUUGUUCCUCCUACAUCUCGUUCAACAAAUUAUAUUGCCCUCAGAUAUUGCAGUUUUCCUUCGGAAAUUACAGCACUUGGAGUCAAGGAUUAUAUCAGCUCUCGAUAUAUGGUUGUAUUCCAAUAUGGAUCUGCUGUUCUCUUUAACAUUGAGGAUCAUGAAGUUGAAAGUUAUCUAGAGAUAGUAAGAAGACACGCUUCUGGAUUACUUCCAGAGAUGAGGAAAGAUGAUUAUGCCAUAAAAGAGAAACCCUUUCUAGUUGAGGAUAUGCAGGGAGGUCCAGACUACAUAGUUCUUAAAACUUUAGAUACUGACAGUAUUCGCAUUAUUGGAAGUGUACUUGGACAAAGCAUUGCUCUGGACUAUUUCGUGUCACAGGUUGAUGGAAUGGUCGAAGAGUUUGCCUGCAUAAAUCGUGCAAUGGAAAAAACUGGAACUUUCACUAUGGAUAGGAAGAAGCUCCUUCAACUAGUUGGAAAGGCAAAUUCAAAUCUAGCUGAUGUAAUUCUCAAAGUUGGCCUUUUUGAGAGAUCUGAAAUUGCUUGGAGAGAUGCAAAAUAUGCUCAAAUAUAUGAGUACCUUAGGGAGGAGUAUGAGGUCACUCAACGCUUUGGGAAUUUGGAUUUCAAAUUAAAAUUUGUGGAGCACAACAUUCAUUUCCUUCAAGAGGUAAUUCAGAACAGACGGUCAGAUCUUCUGGAAUGGUGCAUCAUUUUCCUGCUGAGUGUUGAGAACAUUAUAUCAAUAUAUGAGAUAGUCUGGGAAUAGGGUGCAGCUGCACAUUGAUUUUUUUGGCGGAGGAGAAAAGUUAGGACCAUCAAUUGACACAGUUGCAAAAUUCAUUUUUUCACAGAGCAUAUGAAUUUCUUACGAUUUUGUAUAACAUUAAAUGUAUCAGUAUAGCUCUUGGAAAUUAUAUGAUUUAUCACAUUGUUACUUCUA